CCGGGUUUGCUCCCUCGCCUCUUUUUCUCCCGUCGUACAAAAAGCAAGUGCGCACCAUGGCAUUUCUUCGGCGGCUGCCGAUGACAGCAGCCCGGAACCUGUGUGCGACCAAUCGAGCAGUCAGUGGAAGUGGAGGCAUGCCUGGAGGGCUGAGCCACAUUGAGGGUGAGCUGGUGGGUUUUGAGAACGGCGACAUCCUGAAGCCUCGGGUGAAGCUUCAAAGUGGGCAGCUGGUGACCGCGGUGUGCGACGCCCACGUGGUGUUGCGCUUCCGUCAGCGGGUGCCCUUGGAGGAGCUGCCCGCUGGUGGCUAUCGUUUGGCACAGGAGCCGAUGGUUCCAGAGAAGAUGAACCAACUGCGCUUUAGCCCUGAACGUUAUGACCAGAUCACCCGAGGCUCUUCCUCGACCUCGCCGACAAAAUCCGUCGCCGCGAGCGAGCGAAGGACCCAACAACGUGGGUGCCUACGCUUGGGUCUCCCGGAAGCUGCGUGCAGCCAAAAACCAACGGCCAAGUAAUUUGCCGAAGUAAUUCGUGAAAGAGGUCCUGGAGACAGCUAGAGCUCUUCAGGUCCUGAAAGGAUCAUGGUGAAGCCAUGGUUUGGAAGUUUCACCUCAGCUUGGAUGUGGGUCUUUCGAACGACUGGCAUUUGAAC